GAAAAUAAACUACAAAUUAUGCUGACCUAAUUGGAUAGCAAUUUAAUCAUUAUUAAAACAUUCAAUUAAUCAGAAAUGAAAGAUUAGUUUUGCUUUAUAACCAAACUGGAUAAGUAGUUUUUAAAUUGAUCAUCUAAGAUUUAGGACAAAAUGAUAUUAAAAUCUAAGUGAAUCAACGAAACAAAAGUAAAUGUCAUUAUAGAGAGUGGCGAGAUUUUAGCUCUCGCAGCUAAGAAAUCAGUUCAAACUUCAUCUCAUUGCACAAGCAAGUGACUAUCAGGACUCAAUAGCUAAGUGGAUAACGCGAUGGUGUUUGAAGCGAAUGGCACUAAGUUCAAAUCCCAGAGUGAACAUCAACUUUGAGAUGCAGGCACAUCCAGCUGACGAGUCCCCAUUAGGACGAAAUGCGCGUCCUGGAUUUCACUGCUGGCCACUAUCCGUCUUUGCUUAGAAUGUUUGUGAAUUAAGGCAAUAUCAAGGCAAUAUAUACAGUAUGCAUAUAUGCCGAUAAGAGACUGAUCAAUUGCAAUCCUAAACAUCAAUGGGACGAUUCAAGUAAACAAUACCAAUUGGAUUUAAACUCAGCAAGAUUUAAAGGGUUUUUUUACAACCGACUCAUUUCCAUGUAUUUUGUGCAUGCUUUGUCUGUAAAAAAGAGACAAAUGACACCAAUGGAUCACAAACGACUGAUUAUUGUGAAAAAAAGUAACCCACUUAAUCCAAUUUGUAAUGGUUUUUGAAUUAUCCCGUUGUUGAUAUUUUGACUGAAUUUUAACUGGUCUUUAUUGGAGUAUGUUCAUUCUGUGCUGAUUGCCUCGAUAUAGCCAGUAUGACAAGUUUAUACUAAAAUAGAUGGGGCAUGGCUAACAAUGGAAUCCAGGAUGCCCAUUUUCUCCUUUUUGGGUCUUUCAGCCGAACUUAUAUGCAUCUCAGAGUUGAUAUCCACUCCGGGAUUCGAACCCAGUAUCUUUUGGUUCAAAUGGCAGUGGGUUAUUUACUUGGCUACUCAUUUAUGCAAUGAAUAUGAAUUUUAGUUUAAUUUACGAUUGGAUAAAAUACACUUUCUAGAUUCCACUACUAGCCACAUUGCAUCUGUUCUAAAUAUAAGAUAACGCAUAUAUAACACGAAAUGCUGGUGUCGAAUACUACAUUUUUAUUGUUUCCUGUUCGACAGUUUGUUGAUCUUUAUUUGUCUUUUUUUCUUAUUCGAAAGCUGGAAUACCUAAUAAAGUUGGUUAUGCUUUUGGUCUUGGUUUAGAACGUUGGGCUAUGCAGUUAUACGAAAUACCAGAUAUUCGAUUAUUUUGGUCAAAAGAUGAAGGAUUUUUGAAUCAGUUUAUAACUGAUGAUAUUCAUGCACCAAUCAAAUAUAAGCCAGUCAGUAUAUUUCCUCCAUGUGUAUUGGAUCUUUCAUUUUGGUUAAACAACUCUCAAUCAAUAUCAUCAUCUUUGUCUUCCAAUUCUGAUGGAUUAGAUAGAAUAAAGAUAGUUGAACGGGAUAUUUUCGAUAUUGUACGUUCCGAAGCUGGUGAUCUCAUAGAACAGGUAAAGAUGAAUCACUUUUCCUACAAAUCACUUAAACAGUUUUACAAAUAAAAAUUAUAGCUCUGGCUGUACAGAUUAAACCCAUAAUGACAACAUUCCUAGCCUACUAGUUAAAUUUGUCGUAGAAUUUAUACUACUGACAUUAAUUAUUUUCAUUUUCCACUUACAUGUAGAUUCGUUUGGUCGAUUCAUACAAUGAUCUUAAAACCGGACAACAAAGUCUUUGCUAUCGUUUUAUCUAUCGAGAUCAACAUAAAACUUUGACAGUGGAUGACGUUCGGCCAUUACAUGAGAAUAUUGCUCAAGUUUUAGCUGAAAAAUUAAAUCUUUCUAUUCGAUAAUAUUUUUCUUGCUAAAUAUCAAACCGUUAUUAACAUGAAUACACUAUUUCCAAACAUCAUUUCCUACUUGAUAUCUUUGUGUACAUAUUCUUCAUCUUGUUACAUGCAUAUUUAUAUCGUUUGUUCUUCCAUAAAAUCAACUUUUCAAAUGAUAGAUUUUGUUUUUUGUUCAAUAUUUUUUCUUUGUCGAAGAAAAAAAAUAAUUAAAUGCAUUGAUCACCGACUGACCAAUGUUGUGUUCACUCUUAUUGGUGAUGAAUCUCUGUUGACCGCGUUGCAAUACGGCUACUAGUGUAAGUAACUCGACAUCAGAAGCAAUAUGUUUUCAUCAGUAUCGAUAUUUCAGUCUCACGGAAGAUCGGUCGCGCCUUGAAAAGCUCAGUGAUAAUGUCUCAUCAUGAGACAAAGUGAUACGAGUUCGAAUGGUACAGACAUAUGAUCCCCAUUCAUUUCUUACGCGUUCCAACUCACCUUACCUACAGGUAACAAAUUUGUUAUGAGGCUUGAAAGCCUUAAGCUUAAGUGUUGGACUUGAAAUACAUGAAACCAAAGCAUUUCAUUAUUGACGUUUGGAUAGAACCGUACAGCCUUCACAUCCCAGUAUGAACAUCCGCAUGGUACUUUCCCAGAAUGUGUUUGAUGUUCAUAUAAAAUUGAAUCAUUAACCUGUUAAUAUGAAACUGUAGUUUAAUGGUUAAGAAAUAUCGAUUUUCAGCCAGUAUGUCGUCUGCUCAAAGCCCAUUACACCGACUUCAGUCUAGAUAAUCAUGCUAUAUCAUUAACUUUUACACUAAAUUUGUAACUCAAAGUUGAGUACACAAAGUAUAUUUGGUAGAUAACGUGUAAUUUUUUAUUUAUUAUCGUAAUAAAUACCUUGAAACAUUGGAUCUCAUCGGGAAAUAAAUGAGAUACUUAUUUGUGAGACAUUGAAGUUGUU